AUGGGCAUCAAGACGCUAGCGUGGUGGUGCAUGCCGGACAUGAUUGGCGAAUUUGCGAGUUCUGGUAACGACUUCGACUUCUCCAGCAGGUUAGGAGGACUUAAAGCGGGGUCGACUGUAACGGGUGUGACUUUACGGAUCGGUUCGGCUCCCGCUGCGCUUUUACUCUUCACGAUCUGGCGAUCCGUUGACUCUGCUGCUCCUCCGUUGAUCUCAGUCGAGGCUGACGGCGAGGAUGCGAUGCUGGAUGAGCUGGCAGGGCUACACGUGGAGCUCGACCCUCCUGACGUGGCAGGGCGGAGCCAGCUGGACGAUCGCCGGGACGUCGCUGACGACGCUUUUUUCCGGCUGCGAGGGCUCUGCGACGCACUGCUAGCGCUGCUACAGCUGCUAGAGCUGCUAGAGCUGCCAGAAGCCGCCUUAGUGGACGCGGCAGGGGAGGAUCCCUUAGGGCUUGGCAGCAGCUGCGGCUUCCCGCCAAACGCGGCGGCAGCUGCGGCGGCGUCUUUCGAGGGAUACGCUGGCGGAGUGGACGGCGCGGACCGCGGGCUGGUUGAGGCGGAAAGAGCGCGCGAGCGCACCUUGGACAUGGGCGCGGACUCGGAGCGGGAGAGGAAGCUUCCAAGCGGCUUCGGGGAUUUGCAUGUGGCUGCUGCGCCCGUUGAUAUGCUCACGCGGGUGGGCUCGUCAGAUCUUCCCCCAGGCGCCUUUAUCGCCUCGAUCACCGCCGCGUUUCUUGCCUUCGUCGGUCUUUUCCUGUGCCUCGUUUUCGCUCGCUGGUUCAUUGCUCCUGAACCAGAACAGGAGGACGACAGGAAUAACCAGCGGCGGAGACUUUUCGGCUUGGAUAAAGACCUCGUCAAGAGCUUUCCGACCUUCGUUUUCGCAGCUGAGCAAGCCAAGGAGAGCGACUGUGUCAGUUUCCGUCAGUGCUGCAUCUGCUUACAAGACUACGAACCAGGCGACGAAAUCAAGUCUCUUCCGGUUUGCGGUCACAGGUUCCACGAAUCGUGUAUCGACAUGUGGCUGGAAGGGAAGAGAACUUGUCCAGUGUGCCGGGCGAAUCUCAGACCCAAGCCAUCGGUCGACAGCGGGUCGAAGUCCGCGACGGAUGGCGAACACGGGGAAGCAGAUGUCGUGAUCGCCAUCAAUCAACUUUGCGACAGCAAUGGACAGUGUUGCAACCCAGCUUUGUCCUUUUCCCGCCGUCGCCGGGCGAAUCUGGCGCUCGAAAAUGGCGGCGCCUCACGCGGAAGGCCGGGAACGCGGGGACUGGAAGACGCGCUCGUUGAUUCCUUCCCCACGUUCAUGUUCUCCCCGGAAACGGCGGAGAGCGAUAAAUUCGUGGAGUACGGCGGUUUGAAGUUACCGGGAGAGGAAGGAAGAGGGGAUUUGGAGGGCGGGAAGGCGGUACCGAACUGGGGGGAAGGAGAGGGAUUUCGCGAGUGCGCGGUGUGCUUGGCGGAGUAUGUUUCCGGGGACAUGCUGAAACUGCUCCCCCCGUGCGGGCACGUGUUCCACGUGGACUGCAUUGACACGUGGCUCCAAGGAAAAACGACCUGCCCGAUAUGCCGCCGACACAUCGGUCCAAGUGCUGAAGUCAAGGAAGGAGAUUCAGAAGGAGGCGGGAUAGCGGGAGAUAGGGGACAACAAAUCGAGAGGGGAGAGCAAGGGGAGAGCAGCACGGGGGGAGGUUUAGCGGGUCUGGAAGCCGACAGAGAGGAGUUAGGGCAGCAAGCGGUGGCAGGAGCAGAGCGGUGCAAGGGAGCGAGCGACAGCAAGAGGCGGAAGAGCAGCUCACAAGCCAACGCCGGCGAAGCAGACACUGCCGCAGCAGCAGCAGCAGCCGGGGGAGAAACAGGGGGAACGGGGGGAACGGGGGAGGCGGCGGCGGGGGAGGCAGUGAGCGAGGCGCUGCUGGUGUGCAUGGCGAGCUGUCUGGCGGACUUAAUGAACAACCCGCGCAGCACCAUCGUGUGCAGCACGCGCGCGCAGGAGAUCUUCCAGUGCCUGCAGCCCGCGCUGCUGCUCCCGCGCGUCUCCAACCGCCUGCUCUACUUCCAGCGCCUGCUGGAGCGGCUGAUUGAUCUAAUCACUCCGGUUAAGGCCUCGGUUGCUGGUGGUGUGAAGGGUGCUGAUGGGUCGGGUGAUAAGGAUGCUGGUGGGAAUGAAGCCGAUGCCACUGCUGCUACUGGUGCUGCUCAGAAUGUCGCUGAGAAUGGGGUAGGGGAGCGUGAGACAGAGGCCACGGAACCCGCCUUGCCAAACGGCACAGCUGCUGCAGACGCAGAGGCAGCUAAAGUAGCAGGGGCAGAGGCGGCUACAGCAGCAGCGGUAGAGGAGCAGGAGGGCGGCGGCAGCGAGGGCAGCAGCAACGAGGGCGACGUGACAGAGUCCUUGAUCCACAUGCAGGCGUGCAAGGCGCUGCUGGUGAUGGCCACGAACGGCGCAGCGGAUCUGAUCGUGCAGCACGUGCCCGGGGUGAUGGGCGCGCUGGAGCGGCUCAGGCAGGAGUCGGGCGUGGAGGAGGCCGUGGUGCAGGCUGACGCCGCGCUCAUGGCGCUCUGGCUGUCACCCAAAGGAUACUCGCUCUCCAACCCCGAGCGGCUCAGGCAGGAAUCGGGUGUGGAGGAGGCCGUCGUGCAGGCUGACGCUGCGCUCAUGGCGCUCUGGCUGUCACCCAAAGGAUACUCGCUCUCCAACUUCGAGCUGCGUCCAGUGGUAGCAACACACCUGCUGAGGGUGCUCGGUUCACCAGACUUGGUGGAUAACCACCAGGACGUCAGCUUGGCACUGGUGACUCACUCCAUGUCUCAUUCCCCCUUCUCCCCCAUUCCCGUCCUCUUCCCCUGUCCUGUUCUAACUUCCCUUGUUCAUUCGUGUUUUCCUCCCCAGCUGCGACCGGUGGUAGCAGCGCAUCUGCUGAGGGUGCUGGGCUCGCCAGACCUGGUGGAUAACCACCAGGACGUCAGCUUGGCUCUGGUGACGUCAACCAUCAACCCUGACGCUGCCACGCGGGCCAGCAUGCUCCAGCUGUACGCGGGACUGCUGAGUCAGCAGCAGGAGCUGACGCACAUCCUGAUUGGCCACGUGGAUGACACUGACAGCCUGGCACACCAGAGCGUGGUGCACUUAGUGCUGCACACGUGCGAGUCAGAGGACCGUGCCAAGGCCAACUGUCUUUCUCCCUUACUCUUCGACUUCCCCCAUCAGAGCGUGGUGCAUUUCGUGCUGCAUCUGUGCGAGUCAGAGGACUGUGCCAAGGCCUUCACACACCCCCCCCUUGACCUCACCCCUAUCCCCCGCGUGCCCCAUCAGAGCGUGGUGUAUUUUGUGCUGCAUUUGUGCGAGUCUGAAGACUGUGCCAAGGCCUUCACAGCCAAUCAGGUGGACUGUGAGGCGCUAGUGGCAGCGCUGGUGGUGGCGGCACAGGCAGAGAAUCACUACGCACCCAUCGCUGUUCUUGUUCGCCUGGCUAGCCGUCCUACCACCUGGGACCAGGUUGAUCAACUGGCUGCAGCAUAUGCAGAGUACAAGGGAGAGAAGCCCCCAGAGCGCACAGCAUCCAUGCCAUCGGAGGAGGAGCAGUCCAAGGAGGACAUUCUGAGAGACAUUGUACGCAGCCAGUCCCACAGGAGCCUCAAGUCAAGAACUGCAGGGGGAUAA